AGAGAGAGAGAGAGAGAGAGAGAGGAGGUUUUGCAUUGAGUUUGACCAGCUCCACCAUGUAGUCAGUGUGUGGGUUGGCCUACUAAUAUUUUUUGCAGGUCAAACCACCAACUCUUUCCCUCUUAACCUCUCAUCAUCAUCAUCAUCAUCUCCCUCUCUCUCUCUCUCUCUCUCUCUCUCUCUAUUCCCUCCCACCCCCAACUCAUUAAAAGACCCAUUUUUUUCCUGAGAAAUCCACCCCAUGUACUAGAACUCCUCCAUUUCAAUCUGAUUCCCUAUUGUUUCUCAUCUUAGGCAGUGUCAAAAUCCGAUUUUUAUCAACUUAUUUAGGCCAAUUCCUCAAUUUAGGAUCUGGGUCUUCUUUAUUAGAUCUCUGGAUUUGGGGAUUUGGGCAAAAGUUGUUGUUUUUGUUGCUUGUGUGUUCUCUUGGGCAUUUCUUCAAACACCUGAUGUGCAAGGACCUGUUUUGAUGGAUUGCACCUCUUGCUUCACAUUGAAACCAAGGAGAAGGAUUGAGAUUGCCCAAGAGGACUUCAACACAAUGGGAGGGGUUUGCUCGAAGGGAUUCCCGGUAAACGAAUCCCCGGCCGAGCUUUCGUUCCAUAACAGCAUUGGAUUUGGAGAGAGUGAGGUUAAACCCUUUCACUCCAAUGGAAAGAUGCAGCCAAAACCGGCCCCGAUCAGAGAAGAAGAUGUAGAGAACCUGUUUGGUGAUCACUCUUUUCAUUUGUCCGAAAAGGGCCUUAUUCGGUUCGAUAGCACUUCAGCUUCUGCUUCUGCAUCAAAAGAGCCACAAUUGUCUAGGGCAUUGUCGAAAAAAUCUACGACGAGUAAAUCAAAACAAGUUUCUGAAGUGGGUUCACUUUUAGGGAGAGCCAGUACUGCCGGACUAGGGAAGGCGGUGGAGGUUCUAGACACGCUCGGUAGCAGCAUGUCUAGUUUGAACCCUAGCGGCGGUUUUGUAUCUGGGGUGGCAACCAAAGGCAACAAAAUAUUAAUCUUGGCUUUCGAGGUGGCUAAUACGAUUGUUAAAGGCGCCAAUCUCAUGCAGUCUCUCUCGAAGGAAAGCGUAAGUUAUUUGAAAGAAAUGGUGCUUCCUUCUGAAGGCGUGCGGAGACUGAUAUCCGACGAUAUCAGUGAGUUACUAAGGAUUGCUGCCGCGGACAAAAGGUNAAUAUUAAUCUUGGCUUUCGAGGUGGCUAAUACGAUUGUUAAAGGCGCCAAUCUCAUGCAGUCUCUCUCGAAGGAAAGCGUAAGUUAUUUGAAAGAAAUGGUGCUUCCUUCUGAAGGCGUGCGGAGACUGAUAUCCGACGAUAUCAGUGAGUUACUAAGGAUUGCUGCCGCGGACAAAAGGCAAGAGUUGAAGGUGUUUUCUUUAGAGGUUGUUCGAUUUGGUAAUCGUUGUAAAGAUCCGCAAUGGCACAAUCUCGACCGUUAUUUUGCCACACUAGAGUCUGAAAUUACACCUCAGAAGCAGUUGAAAGCAAGAGCAACGGAGAACAUGGAACAGUUGAUGACUCUGGUUCGGCACACGGCUGAUUUGUACCACGAGAUGCAUGAUCUAGACAAAUUCGAACUAGAUUAUCGUCGGAAACUUCAGGAGGAAAACUCAGUUGCAUCUCAGAGAGGGGACACCCUUCAAAUUCUAAGGCAAGAGUUAAAAAGUCAAAGGAAGCAUGUUAGGAGCCUAAAGAAAAAAACUCUUUGGUCAAAGAUACUCGAAGAUGUCAUGGAGAAGCUCGUUGACAUUGUUCACUUCUUACAUUUGGAGAUUCAUAGUGCCUUUGGAAGUUUUGAUGGAAGCGUGUCCGUGCAAGGACCCAUCAACAGCCGACAGAGGUUAGGGCCCGCUGGCCUUGCGUUGCAUUAUGCAAAUAUAAUUACACAAAUCGAUAUCCUUGUUUCGCGAUCAUGUUCGGUGCCUCCAAGUACGAGAGACGCGCUCUACCAAGGAUUGCCUCCUAGUGUUAAAUCAGCUUUGCGAACUAAGUUGCAAUCGUUCACUGCUACACAAGAGGUCGAAGUACCUCAAGUGAGAGCUGCUUUAGAGAAAACAUUGCUAUGGCUCGUACCCCUCGCCAAUAACACGAUAAGAGCUCACCGUGGCUUCGGAUGGGUCGGCGAGUGGGCAAACACAAAGACUGAGGUGAACCGAAGGCCGGGAGGGCCGGUCGACUUAAUCAAGAUCGAGACGCUCUAUCAUGCGGAUAAGGAGAGGACGGAGUUACACAUACUCGACUUGGUGGUGCGGGUUCACCUUCUCAUAAGCGAAUGUCAGCCCGGGAGCGGGGGCGGCCGAUCCCCGAUCAAAUCUCCGAUGCACUCUCCUCCUUUGCAGAAGAGAUCGACGACAGUUGCCUUCAUUCCCCAGAAACCUGGCAGUUCAUCCACCGCGCCAAGUAAUGACAACCGCGAAAUACUACGGGAAGUGGACUACGGGAAACAUACCCACGGGAGAAGUAAGAGUGCGGAUCUCGGUAGCUCAUCUUUCGCGCUGAGUAAAGAAGAUCGAGAAAUGCUAGAAGAAGUGGACUUUACGAAACUUACCCGCAGGAGAAGUAACAGCGAGGAACUCGACGUGGAUAUUACGAAAAAGUCGUCGUCGUCAUCAUCAUCGUCAGCAUCAGAAAAGCCAUUUGUGAAUCUUGAAGACGAUCGCGAUACCGAUCGGAUUAAGGUUCUGGAUGUGAUUGAUAGAGUGGAUGACAUUAAACACCAAUGAUCUCAAUGUAGAGAGAGACUCAACAUCCAACUCAAAAUCACAUGCAUAGUAAAAAGGUGGAGAAAAUUGUAUGUAUGCUAGAUUGGAUCAUUGUUGAUUGUAUUAUACGGCGAAAAAAAGGGAUCAUUUUACACACCAAAUCAAGGAAAAAUUAGAUUUUUUUUUUUUUUUUCUAUUUCGAUAUGUAUUUUCGGUAAACAUCUAUUUUGAAUGUGUGUAUCCAGUGCUUCUUAAAACAGCAAAUUUGCUACUUGAAGCUGAAGUACUAAA